UCCAAUUUCUCAGCGUCAGCCCCCGCCAGCUCUCAGCUGUCCCUUCCCCUCUGUGCUGUCACUCUGCUUCUCCACGGGACUGGGGCAGCUGCCCCCCUCCCUACGCACCCGGCACAGAGGGCUCGGGGGCUGCGUGGCCAGCAGGGUCCAAACAUUGGCCACCCCUGGGGACAGUUUUCCCAUUGCAGGACAAGAUCUCCAAGCGUAACAUGACAGAGAAGGAAGUGCCAGAGCCACCAGCUUCACCUGCUUCAGGUGGGAAAACCAUGAGCAGGCAGCUCCAGAAGCUGAAGCAGCUUUUCCAGAGAAAGCCCAAGGAGGAGACAGCACCAGAGCCACAGCCAAACGGGGAGCUGGUCAGCCCCUCGGGGGGACCCAUCUACUACAUUUACGAGGAAGAGGAGGAGGAAGAAGAGGAGGAGGAGCCUGAGCCCCCUCCUGAGCCCGAGAAACUUGUCAAUGACAAACCCCACAAGUUCAAAGAUCAUUAUUUCAAAAAGCCCAAGUUCUGUGAUGUUUGUGCCCGGAUGAUUGUCCUCAACAACAAAUUCGGCCUGAGGUGCAAGAACUGCAAAACCAACAUCCACCACCACUGCCAGACCUACGUGGAGAUGCAACGCUGCUUUGGGAAAAUCCCCCCAGGGUUCCGCCGGGCGUACAGCUCACCCCUCUACAGUGACCAGCAAAACACCUGUGGCAAGGAGCCACUCUCAGCCAACAGAAGUGACCCCGUGUUCGAGACCCUGCGGACAGGAGUCAUCAUGGCCAACAAGGAGCGCAAGAAAGGGCAGAAUGACAAGAAAAAUCCUUUGGCUGCUAUGAUGGACGAGGAACCAGAGGCCAUGAAGCCAGGAGAGGGCAAAGCUGAGGGUGGCACCUCUGAAGGGAACAAGAAGACUGAGAAGAGCCCAACAGAUGACAAGAGCAAGAAGACACAGCCAGGGACUCGUGGUGGCUUUCCUCAGUCUCACUACUUUGUGGCACUUUAUCGCUUCAAAGCCCUGGAGAAAGAUGACCUGGAUUUCCCGCCAGGGGAGAAGAUCACAGUCGUGGAUGACUCCAAUGAGGAGUGGUGGAGGGGAAAGAUCGGUGAAAAAAUUGGUUACUUCCCUCCCAACUUUAUCAUCCGGGUGCGGGCAGGCGAGAGGGUGCACAAGGUGACAAGGUCCUUCGUGGGCAACAAGGAGAUUGGGCAGAUCACACUCAAGAAGGAUCAGAUCGUGGUGCAGAAAGGUGAGGAGGUGAAUGGCUACGUCAAAGUCUACACCGGCCGCAAAGUGGGGCUCUUCCCCGUGGACUUCCUGCAGGAGAUCUGAGUGAGACCCCAGGGACCCCCCCAGAUGGGGGGGGAAUGGAUGGACCCUGACUGCAGGGAGGUGCCAGAAUUAAGCAGGGAUGGGGAUGGGGACAGGGAUGGGGAUGGCAGGCACUCCCAUCUCAGCUACCUGCAGCAAUGGGGUCUCCAGUGGGGACUGUCUCCGUGAGGACCAGAGCAAGCAGGGGGGGUGGGGGGUACCUCUCGGGCUAUUCCCCCUGGUCGGGGGGUGGGGGUGUUGUUUAGUGCCUUUGGAGACACUGGGUGCACACCUAAACUUUCCUUGGAGACCACCCAGGCCCCCAGCCUGAGGUGCUGGGUGCUGGGUGUCUCAGGGGGUGUCAGUGUGGUCCUGCCCUGCUGCUCUGGGCUGUGUAUCCCUGUGUUUUGGCAAUACAUUUCUGGCCCCCCCAACCCCGAGAUCUGCCUGGUUUGGAUUUCAUGGGAUGGAAGGUGUCACCGUGGGGCUGCUGGCAGUCCCAGCUCCUGCAAAUGGGCCGGGAAGCUGCGGCAGCGCUUUCUUUUCAUGGCGGGCAUGAGAAAAAAGGGGACAGAACACCCCCCUUCCCCCAGCACAUCCCGGGGUGGGGGUGCGGGGUUCACUCCACCGUCAGCGCGGGCCCCCUUCCCGCCCCCCCCCAACCCCCGGCGGUGCCGAGCGCUGGCGCUGAGCCCUGCGGGGUCCGAAUAGGGGCCGCGGGUGACAGGUGACGGGGCCUGGGGACAGACAGGACGAGUCCUUGAAACGCAGGGGGUGAGGACCGAGCCAGGAACAGGUGCCCGGGCGGCAGGCGCGGCGGAGGCGGCUGCGAGGGCCGCCCGUGACGUCCCGGAGCUGUGACGCCGGCGGUAACCACGGCAACGGGGGGGAAGCGGGACCGGGAGUGGGCAGCGGGCAGCCAGGGCGGGCGGUACCGCGCGUCUCCCGUUGCCAUAGCGAUGAGCAGCCGUGGAACGGGUCAGCCCGGCCCGGUACGGCACGACACGACGCGACACGGCCCGGCGACUGUCGCAGAGAUGUCGCGAUCGCCGGUGGAACGGAUCGCGCGGGGGCGCUGGUGACGCGCCCCACGGCCGCUCCGUAUGCAAAGUUAUGCAAAUGAGACGGCGUGCGUGGCAGAACCGCGGCGCCCUCUGGUGGGCUGCUACCCCCCUACACCCCGCCCGUCUGCGGGGGGUCUCCUUGCCUUCCGUGUUGCGGGACGGGGGUCGCUGCCUGCUCCCCCCCCUCCCUCCUUCCCUUCCCCGCCAUCCGCGCCCGCCGCUUGCCGUGCAGGUGGCUCCGGUCCCGUCCCUGUCACCCGCUGCCACCGCCAUAAAUAUUUAUGCCAGGGCCCUGACUGACGAGCUGGGGAGGGGCUGGGGGAAUCCAAGGACAAAGCAGCCCCUCUGAGCCCAAUCCCCCGGGAGAGGGGGGGUCUCGCAGCCCCUCCUCCCCCCCCCAAGGACUGCCCUGGGGAGACGACUGGCAGGGAAUGUGGGGAGGGGUCCCCCUGCUCUCCCAGUCCAGGCUCCCUCCCUCCCACCUCCGCUGCCUGCAGGAAUCAUCAGGAGGUGUCAAUGCACCGAGGGGGUCGUGGGGUGGGGGGAGCAUGGAGGUGGCUCUGCUUCCCCCGAGGGUUUGGAGGGGCUCUGUCCCCAUCUUCUUUGGCCGAGUGGGCUGUGCCGGGGCUGCUGGUACCCAGGAGCAGUUCUGGUGAUGGAGCAGGGAAAUGGGUACCACCCAUCCCCAGAUCCCUUCACCCAGGGGGCUGCUGCUUGCUGAUCGUGUUUAAGGCCCUCGGUCCUGCUCACUUCUUACUCCUGAUCCACUCGGUUUGGACCACGUUAACCUCUGCCCAUGCUGGCACCACGAAGGGCCAGGGGGUGCAGGGAUCCCUGGCCCUGGAGGUGUCCCAGAGGCUGCUGCUGGACUGGGGGGUUGUGGAGGCAGAGCUGCAGGUUCCUGAUCUGGGGCUCCUCUCCCAGCAUCUCAAGCAUCAGCUGGGAGAUGUGCAGCUCUGGGCCAGCAGAAAAUAACCAAAACUGGGGAGUGAGGGUGGGGGCAUGAGGAGGGCAAAUCCACAGUUCCCAGGACUGGUUCUCCAGUGCUUACUCACGUCCCUGCCUCCUGUCAGACAGCUUUUAAAUGCCGAACCAUUAAAAUUUUCCACCUCA